AUGAUUGCUAUCGGCUUAGAAGGAUCGGCAAACAAGCUGGGUGUCGGGGUCAUACUGCAUCCGAACGAUGGGAGCGCUCCACAGGUUCUCUCUAAUGUUCGGCAUACAUAUGUAUCUCCACCAGGCGAAGGGUUUUUACCAAAGGAUACCGCUAGGCAUCAUCGCCAGUGGGUUGUAAGCCUGGUCAAAAAAGCUCUGAAAGAUGCUAAAAUUGGUGUGGCCGAUGUUGAUUGCAUAUGCUAUACCAAAGGCCCAGGGAUGGGCGCUCCUUUGCAAUGCGUUGCAUUGGCCGCGAGGAUGUUAAGUCUACUAUGGGAGAAGGAGCUCGUAGGUGUUAAUCAUUGUGUUGGGCAUAUUGAAAUGGGUCGCUACAUAACCGGCGCAACAAAUCCUAUUGUUCUAUAUGUCUCUGGAGGAAAUACCCAAGUUAUUGCUUACAGUUCACAACGAUAUAGAAUAUUUGGUGAAACUUUAGACAUUGCUGUGGGAAAUUGUCUUGAUCGGUUCGCUCGAACGUUACACAUCUCCAAUGACCCCGCUCCAGGAUAUAAUAUUGAACAGCUGGCCAAGAAAGGUAAACGGCUAGUUGAGAUACCCUACGCCGUCAAAGGAAUGGAUUGCUCUUUCUCGGGUAUAUUGGCUACAGUUGACGCUUUGGCUGCCUCGUACGGACUCGGCGGUGAGGAACAAGCAAAGAAGGAUGCCGACGAAGUGGCUCGCCGCGCAAAAGUCGAAGCCAUCGACUCGCUCGAGGACGAUUAUGGGGUAGUCACUCGCGCAGAUUUGUGCUUUUCCCUUCAAGAGACCGUGUAUGCUAUGCUGGUGGAAAUCACAGAGCGUGCAAUGGCACAUGUAGGCUCAAAGGAGGUAUUGAUAGUUGGCGGUGUUGGAUGCAAUGAACGCCUUCAAGAGAUGAUGGGAAUCAUGGCUCGCGAUAGAGGUGGAAACGUACAUGCGACCGACGAGCGAUUUUGCAUUGACAAUGGAAUCAUGAUUGCUCAGGCUGGGCUCCUAGCUUACAAGACAGGCUUCCGUACACGGUUAGAAGAGUCCACAUGUACACAAAGAUUUAGGACAGACGAAGUCUUUGUUAAAUGGAGAGAUUAA